AUGGAGCUGAGUCGGCCCCAAUGCGAGAAAUGGCGUUUGUGUUCUAGGCCCACAUAUACAUGGCAACGGCUGUUACAUCUCGUGUUUUUAUUGUACACCGUCAGUGGACAAAUCCGGUAUUCAGUCCCAGAGGAGAUGAAAAAGGGUUCGCUUAUCGGGAAUGUGGCACAAGAUCUGGGGAUAGACCUGCAGAGGCUCCGCUCUGGACGGGCCCGUAUCGUGACCGGAGAGAGCAUUCAGUACGCCGAGCUGAAGGCAGACAAAGGGAUCCUAGUCGUGAAUGAGAGAAUCGACCGAGAACAGCUUUGUGGAGACGUAACACCUUGUAGCCUCAGCUUUGAAAUCAUUUUAGAAAACCCCAUUGAACUCCACCGUGUAAUAGUAGAAAUAUUGGACGUAAAUGACAAUGCGCCAACUUUCAAAAAUAAUGUAAUUACAUUGGAAAUCAGCGAAUCUGCUGCAGUAGGAUCACAUUUCGACUUAGAGAGCGCUUUUGAUCCCGAUGUAGGCGUUAACAAUUUGCAUAAUUACGUUUUGUCCACAAAUAACAAUUUCGUUUUGAAACAACAUUCAAACGCUGAUGGAAUAAAAUUCGCAGAAAUUAUAUUGCAGAAGCCUUUAGACAGAGAACUGGAUCCCCAGCUCUCUUUAAAGCUGAUAGCAGUGGACGGUGGGACUCCACAGAGAUCUGGUACUGUAAAUAUAGAUAUAACUGUUUUGGAUGCCAAUGACAAUGCUCCUGUUUUUAAUCAAUCUAUGUACAAGGCUACCGUGACAGAAAAUGCACCCAUUGGUACCUAUAUUACUACUGUCAACGCUUCAGAUGCCGACAGCGGAUCUAAUGGUUUGGUUACUUAUAGUUUUUCUAACCUAAUGGGGCACUCUGCCAACGUAUUUCAAAUUGACAGUGUGUCUGGUAAAAUUUAUGUUGCUGAUAACAUUGAUUUUGAAAAAGAUAAAAAAUACGAGUUGAGAGUUGGGGCCAAAGAUCACGGUGGUCUGACUGAUGCAAGUAAAGUUAUAAUUGAAGUUACUGACGUUAAUGAUAACGCCCCAGUUAUCAAUGUAAUGUCCUUCUCCAGCCCUGUUUCAGAACAUGUCCCUGUUGGGUCGACUAUAGCUGUUAUAUAUGUUAAGGAUUCAGACUCAGAAAAAAACGGACAAAUAAAAUGCUUAAUAGAUACGAAACUCCCCUUUAAAAUCCAGUCCUCUUUGACUAAUUACUACAACUUGCUUUCAGAUAUAGCUUUCGACCGUGAAACCGUGCCAGAAUACAACGUAACUAUUACUGCCACCGAUUCAGGGUCACCUCCACUUUCCAGUACAACAACUUUACAUCUUAAAAUAUCUGAUGUAAACGAUAACGCGCCGUUGUUCACUAAAUCAACUUAUGUUGCCUAUAUCACUGAAAAUAAUACUCCUGGGGUGUCAAUAUUUAGUGUGAGCGCGCAAGAUUAUGACUGGAAUCAAAACGCGAGAAUAUCAUACCUCCUGGAGGACACACAGGUCAAUGGAAGUCCAGUAUCUACGUAUCUUUCCAUAAAUUCUGACACGGGUGUUGUACAUGCUGUUCGCACUUUUGAUUAUGAGCAAAUAAAAGAGCUUCAACUAGCUGUCAAAGCGCAGGACGGAGGUUCGCCUCCACUCAGUAGCAAUGUGAGUGUGAAAAUACUGAUCCAGGACCAGAACGACAACGCCCCUCAGGUGCUGUACCCAGUCCAGACUGGUGGCUCUCUGGUGGCUGAAAUUGUGCCUCGUUCAGCAGAGGUGGGCUAUCUGGUGACAAAAGUGGUGGCUGUUGAUGUGGACUCUGGCCAGAAUGCCUGGCUCUCCUAUAAACUGCAGAAAGCCACAGACAGGGCGCUGUUUGAAGUGGGCUUACAGAAUGGGGAAAUCAGAACUAUCCGCCAAGUCACUGACAAAGAUACUGUGAAGCAAAGGCUGACUGUUGUGGUGGAGGACAACGGCCAUCCCUCCCGUUCAGCUACAGUCAUUGUUAACGUGGCGGUGGCAGACAGCUUCCCUGAAGUGCUGUCGGAGUUCACUGACUUUACACAGGACAAGGAGUACAAUGACAACCUGACUUUUUUCUUGGUCUUGGCUUUGGCUGUGGUUUCCUUUCUGUUCAUCACGUGCCUGGUGGUUAUUAUAUCAGUGAAAAUCUACAGAUGGAGACAGUCUCGCAUCCUGUAUCAGUCCAACCUGCCGGUGAUUCCAUAUUAUCCCCCACGUUACUCAGACACUUUGGGGACAGGGACUCUCCCACACGUGUACAAUUACGAGGUGUGCAGGACGACUGACUCCAGAAAGAGUGACUGUAAGUUCGGCAGAGCCGGUAGUCAGAACGUCCUGAUAAUGGAUCCCAGUUCAACAGGGACGAUGCAGCGGAUACAGAGUGACAAGAGCAUCCUGGAUGAACUAGACUCUCCUCUAGAGGUUAGUUUUGUGUAUGUCUUCACAACAAGCAUGAGAAGAUGUGAAAUUAUGAAACUAUGA